AUGCCGCUGCUCCUGGUUUCAGAAGUUCCAACCACUAGCGUCAACGUUUCGGUGGCUAUGGGUCACGUAGGCACGGAGCCCACGGUUCCCACAGGGUCCUGGGCGCCGUUUCAGGAAAAUGCGACACUGGCCGUGUUGCGGGCGAAUCUUACGGCUGACGAUUAUCCCCCCAUGAACGCCCUGGGCUUCGAGCUGCAGGCGUUCCUGAUCGCGCUUUACAGCUUGACCGCGCUGUUGGCGCUGGGCGGCAACGUGAUGGUGAUCGUGGUUCUCCUGCUGGGCCGUCGAUCGUCGCGCGAACUCAGACUGUUCCUGGUGAACCUGGCACUGUCGGACAUCGCCAUGGCCGUGUUUUCCAUUCCGUUCACCUACACCGACUUCAUGCUGGGUCGCUGGAUCUUCGAGCCCUUCUUCUGCCCCGUCGUGCUCUUCAUGCAGCACGUCUCGGUCAUUGUGUCCGUCUACACGCUCACCGCCAUCGGGGUUGACCGGUGA